UGAUGCGUUAUUGGUGGUGCAGGCCACACAUGCAAUUAUACAAGACAAGGGCAAUUUAGGGAAAUAAAAAGUUUACACUCCAGAGUCGACUGGGACAACGCGUCGGCUCCUUCAAAAUGCAACAUGGUCUGUUUAGGCUGCUAUCCCUCCCAAUGUCUGACCAAGUCUCCUAGCAUUUCAAUCCCGUGAUUUCCUGUUUCGCGUUGCAGUCUCCAUAGACGAAAAUGGAGGAUUCUCCGAUCAAUCGUCUCCCCGAAGACACACUUCACCAGAUCUUCUCUUGCCUCUCGCUUCGUCAAAUCAUGAUCUGCCGCUCCGUUUGCAAGCUCUUUAAUCAUAUCUUGACCUCCUCGUCUUUCAUGCACCUCAUCUCCACGCGAUCCCAUCUCAACCUCCUUGCUCUCCGUCCACCUCAUCACCAUCACCAUCACCAUCACCACCACCAUAAUCACAGCCGUCACGUGUCACUUUAUACCUCCCUCCACGUGUACGACCCAGAUCAAAAUCAAUGGCUUCGGUUCAACCUCGAUUUUCUUCCCUUCCGAUCUCCUCAACCUGUUGCGUCUUCACUCGGUCUGAUUUACCUCUGGGCCGACUCACCUGACUCGCCUGAUUCGAACAAGUCACUCAUCGUUUGUAACCCCUUGACUCGCCAAUAUAGGGUCCUCCCUCAACUCGGCUCGGCCUGGUCACGCCAUGGCUGGGUCCUUGUUGACUCCAGGAGCCGAGUCAUGGUCUUAACAGAACUCGCCACUCUUUACUUCUCCUUUUCUCAAAAAGCCCAGCAAUGGCUCAAAUUCUCUUCGAAUUUACCUUCAAAACCCCGAAGCCCCAUCGUCGUUUCCAACUCCGUUUUCGCUCUAUGUGACGUCGGAUCGCCGUGGAGAAGUAAGUGGCAAUUAUUCUCUUGCGCUAUCAAAAACAUGUUAAAUUUAAAUGUGAUGAACAAUAAUUGGGAAUGUUUGGAAAGGCACGAAUGGGGGGACAUUUUCGAUAUCAUGAAACGACCGCGUUUAAUACGCGGGAACGGGAACAAGAUCUUGAUGAUUGGGGGAUUAAAAUCGAGUUAUUUGUUGAAUCAAUCUUGUUUGACGAUUUUGAUAUUGAGGUUGGAUUUGGAAACGAUGGAGUGGGAAGAGGCAACAAGGAUGCCGGAGGAGAUGCACCGGUGGUUUCAGGAUAGUAAGUUUAAGGUGUUUGGAGGAGGGGAUAGGGUUUGCUUUUCGGGAAAGAAAGUUGGGAGGUUGGCUCUCUGGGAUUGCUGUGAAUGGCGGUGGAUUGAUGGGGUGCCCGGAAAUGGGGAUGAGCUUUUUCGGGGCUUUAUUUUUGAGGCUAGGCUUACCGCUGUUCCUUAACCCUGUGCUCGGUAUGUCCUUUCAUUGUUUAGUAAUAUGAAACAUUGUUGUAUUGCGUUUAUGUUCUUUUUAGUGAAAUGCAUGAUUCAGGAUAGUUCCAUAACAUUGUAGUCUGUUGUCUAGAAUGAAAAGUGAGAAUUGUGUAAGAUUUGUUCUCAUGUGAUGUAACUUGUUACUGAUAAUUAAAAAAAAAAGAAGAAGAAGGAAUGUUAGUUUUUCUGUUCAUUUGUAACCAUGGAGUGUUUUUUCUCUUUGGGGGGGGGGGUGUUGAACUUUUUAAGUUAAUGGAAGAAGUGCAUGUUACAGGAUCAUUAUAUGCUGCGUUGUCAAUGUUAAUGCUUUACUUCGUCAUUUACUAAAUCUUUACUUUGGAUAUUGUAAUUGCUAAGAAUAAUAUUAUGGUGUUUAUUCGAAUGUUAUUUGUGAUUUAUGGUAAUUUGGGAAUCAAAAGUAUGAACUCAUAGUUUCAAUUGAAUCCAUAGUCUUUUCAAGUCAUUUAAUAUAAUCAAAGGCCCCAGAUGGCAGAGCACUGAAAUUAAUUCAA